AUGCCUGGAAUAAAGAGAACAAUGAGCAAUGAAUCUGUAUCUUUGUUACCGUAUUACACGGCCCACAGCUACCGUUCAACAGGUGUGUUCAACACCUCCAUGGGGGACUUGCAACGGCAACUGUACAAGGGAGGAGAGUAUGACAUCUUCAAGUAUGCACCCAUGUUUGAGAGCGACUUCAUUCAGAUCAGCAAGAAAGGAGAGGUAAUUGACGUUCACAACCGUGUCCGCAUGGUGACAGUGUGCAUCGCUUCCACCAGCCCCAUCCUCCCGCUCCCUGACGUCAUGCUGCUGGCACGGCCAGCAAAAGCCUGUGAGGAGCAUGUCAAACAGGGCCGGAUCAGCAAGAACAAAGGCCGCAAACCUCUAAAGACGCUAGAGCUCACGAGGCUGCUUCCCUUGAAGUUUGUCAAGAUUUCCAUCCAUGAUCGUGACAAACAGCAGCUGCGCCUCAAGUUGGCCACUGGCCGGACGUUUUAUCUACAACUGUGUCCCUCUUCAGAUGCACGAGAAGAUCUCUUUUGUUACUGGGAGAAACUUGUCUACCUGCUGAGGCCACCAGCAGAGAGCAGCAGCAGCACCCCGACACUCCAAACUGCGGAUGCGACAACUAAUGAUGAUAAGAGCCUGGUGGCUUCAGGCUCUCAUGGAACUGGAAGCCCAGAUGGUGGGACUCAAAAGCUGCAGGAGGUAUCUGCAGCCUCCUCCUCUGCUUAUGUUGGGGGAGAGGGAAUCAAGGUUGCUACAGCUUCUGGAACAGCAAGCACUCCAGAGCACAAGCAAGGAGCUGCAGGAGUGGCAGGAGCGGCAGGAGAGGCAGGAGAGGCAGGAGCGGCAGGAGAGGCAGGAAUAGCUAGUGGUGUGGCAGCCACAGGGGUAGCAACAGGCACCAGUACAGGUACAAUGAUAGCAGGGGCGGUAGUGAGUCCUGCAGCAGGUGCCGUGAGCCUGGCAACAAGCAAGUCCGUGGGCUCAGGUCAGAUAAUUACGGCCCUGGCAGCAACAACCAACAGUGAGCCAGGAGAAUGUGGAGCCAGCAGUGCCGUGGCAGGUGCCGCCAGCAUAACUGCUGAUGGUGUGAAUGUGGUCUUGGCAGGUGUCACCAGCACUGCCUCCUCAGCAGUUACCUCUGCAGUGGCUUCCAGUGUCUCUCCAGAUAGCAGUGUGAGUGUGGUAUUGGCAAGUGCUGCCAUAACAACCAACGUGCCUCCUGCAGAAAAGACUGAUGGACACGUGCCACCCCUCGUAUCGACCUUGAAGAGUGAUGGCUACAUGUCCGAACGCGAUGGAAGUCAGAAGAUCCCCAAGACCCAUGCUGAAGUCCAGAAGGAAAGAAAAGAAAGAACUAAAAAGAACAGAAGUAGCAGCAGGAAAAGUUCCCGUCAUCAUAGGACAGGUGAAGUUCACCACAGGACAGGCGGGGACAAGAGCCGGAAAUCAUCCUCCCACCGGUCCCUCUCUGGCCGCAAGACAAGAGAUGACAAAAGAGAAAAAGGACAGGGCAACCCAAGGAGCAGGGGACAUGGCUCUCAUAAAAGUGCCAGCCACAGCCCCACCACCAGGGAGUCCAGGACAGCUCACAAACUAGGGAAGAGCCGAUCUGCAACCACAUCCAGUUCUCUAAGUAAGAAAACCAGUAAAAUUGGCUCUUUCUUGAGGAGCUUCAGAGCCAUCCCUGGUUCAAAAACAGGAGUGACAUCGCAUGACAGAGAAGUAGACAUCGUAGCUCAGACUGUGGAGAAGCACAACAUAGAGGCCAAAGUGGGGAAGGACCAGGAUGGUCAGGAGCUGGGGAUCACUGGUACCAUCACAUCAGAGACAAAGGAGACUAUAAUCUUUGAAGCCAAAUCCAUUUAGAUAGGAGCCAGGGCAGGAAGCUGCAAGCAGACUCCGGUGCUCGGGAAGAAUGCAUAGAGAGCCAAUUCCAGCUUUCUUUAUGGCAGUUUAAAAUAAAAGAAACCUACAAC